AUGUCCACUUUCUUGCAUCGGGUGAGAGGACCCACUAUUGGCUAUUCGUGUCUCGAUUUGUUUGUUAUAACAAACGCCAGUAUUUCAAAUACCAUCGCAGCGGUCGCCUCUUACUUCUUGAUUGUGGCCGACUUCAGCCGAUCCACUGCUGCGGCCAAUGCGGCCGAGAAGAAGAUGGAGGCGGCAAAGGCUGCCCUCAACGCCUCUCUGGCUAACAGUGGAACCGCUCAAUGAUUUAUUGCUAUCCGCUUGCAAUCCAUUUAUUAUUGAUGUCUCACACCAUUUGAGAUUAAUGUCCUAAAUAUGAAAUUCAUAUUUUUGCUAAUUUUUGUAUCUAAAUCACAGUCC